AGGCGGAGAGCCCCCCGCGACGCCCAUGCCGGGGUUCGAGCUAGCGCCCGCGGACGGGGGCCGCCCGGUGCCGCUGCAGCCCGGCCAGACAGUGCUGGGAAGAGGCCCCCUGCUGGGAAUUACAGAUAAGAGAGUAUCCCGAAAACAUGCCAUAUUGGAAGUGGUGGGUGACCAGCUUCGCAUCAAACCGCAAGAUUUGGACCCAGGAUCUUCGGAUGCACAGCACACACUUCUUCCACUUGAGCUGAAGAAGCAACUAGAAAGCAAAGUCCAUGUAAAUCCUUGUUUUUAUCAAUCACCUGAGACUAGUCAUCUAUUACCACUGGAAACAGAUGAAUGGCACUCUUUGAGCCCAGGUGACAGCUUUUCCCUGUUAAUAGACAAAUACAUUUUCAAGGUCCUCUCUACACACUCAGAUGUGGAAAGCACACUAAGGAAAAAUAGCAAGAUUGCUGCAGAUGAAACAGCAAAUAAAUCCUCUUCAAGUGGUCAUCCUAUCAAGAUGUCUUGUGAUCCAUUUUUAGCAGAAUUAACUUCAUGUUCUAAUAAUAACAUACAAGUGAAAGCACAUUCUCUACUGGAAAGGACAGGAGAAAUUCCAAAAAAUGAGACUUCUUCCAAAAGUUCGUUGUUUUCUGCUAGUUGCAAUGAAAAUGAGGAGCUAAAGCCUGUCUGGAGGAAAAGGAUGCUUCCAUCUUGGAUGUUGCAAGGAGACCUCAUGGUUCAAAGUCUUUCAAUUCCAGUCCCUAAAAGAGGUGGUGGAGUAACAAGAGGCAGAGGGAGAGGAAAAAGCGAUAUGGAACCAUCAAAGUCAAGAGCAAAUGUGCAGGGGAGAAAACGGUUAGCUUCUGAAGAGCGUUUAGGGGAUAUCAAAGAGAUGGAACAGGAUCAGGGAAAAAAGAGCAAAACUACUGAAGAGGAAGCCACUGUCCCCCCAUCACGGGAUGCAUCAGGAAUACCUCUUGCCAGGAUUACGAGGAAAGUGGAAGAAGAUUAUAACAAGACUGUCUCACAAAAGAUUGAAAGUUCUGUGGAGAAAAGUGAUUGUCAGCUCCACAGCAAGAGGCCUGAACACAGGCUAGAUGCAAAAGGCCAGCUCUCCUCUGACACAAAUAAAAUGAAUGGAAGGGAAAACAAAGACGAGGUUAUCCAUUCUGCAAGCCAACAGACUCACCAGGACAAGCCAUCCCACUCUCAUGUUCCCCUAGUGGAGACUCAAGAGCUUGAUUUAAAUCAGGAUCCUGAAGCUGAAGAUUUUAACUCAGCCAGAAGCACAGAUGCUCUACAGAGGUCUAAACAAACCAAGCAGAAGAGAACACCCUGCAUGUAUGGGUCAGGUUGCUACAGGAAGAAUCCACUUCAUUUUCAGCAGUUCAGUCACCCUGGUGACCACGAUUAUCAUGACAUGGAGGUUGUAAGUCAAGAUGACGAUGACAGGCCUGAAUGUCCGUAUGGAACUACUUGUUAUAGGGAGGAGAUACUGCUGGAGAAGCUUACGUUACCACUGCCCAUGCUGUAUCUGAAUAAAGUCUCCAGGAAGAAUCCACAGCACAAGCUUGAAUACAAGCACAGCGCACCUCCAGAAACUGAAACAAGAAGAACUAGACAGAAAACUACUAAAAGAGGAAAAAGUGUUUUGGAGGAGGACAGCGAUAAUGAUGGUGAACCGAAUGAAUAUGACCUGAAUGACAGCUUUCUAGAUGACGAGGAGAAAGAGGAGUAUGACCCUACUGAUGAAGAUUCCGAUUGGGAGCCAGAUCCUGAAGACAAAGAUAACGAAGAUGUUGAAACACUUUUGAAAGAAGCACAAAAUUUUAUUAAAACCAAAAAGUAGUUUUGGCCAAAUGAUGUGAAGUACUUGUGAACGUACCUGUUUACAGGAUUGGUGGGGGUUUGGGCAAUGACUUUGAAAGCCAACUUUACCCAUGCUUGAGACACUACAAACAAGGAUUUUUAAUGAGGAAAAAAUGCACAACGGCUUCCAUUUCUUCUGAUACACAUUGUUCUGCCUUCGACUUUUUAGCUGAUGAAGUCAAAUCAUAAAGUCUGGGAUUAUAUUGUGGUUUAAUUGAAGAUUUUUUUUUUUUAAAAAGUCUCUUUUCUGAGUCUUUUCCAACUUCUUCACAGCUCAUAUUGUCAUAUGGAGGAUUAAUGGAUUGGAAUGUAGCUAUUAACAUUCCUCAUGAAUAUCUUUCUAUGCUUGCAAAAAAAAAUAAGGAUUGUAGACCUACCUUAGGGAGGUUUAUAGUUUUACUAGGUGUAAUAUAUUCCAUGCUAAAUAAAGAAAAAGUAACAUUGCACACCUUUCUUUAUGGCAGAUCAAAUCAUUCUCAGUUCAAUAAGGACUCUUUGUUAAACCAGUUGUUUUGAUUAGUUUGUUAUUCAGCUAUCCUACACUGUCAUAUUAAGUUUUAACAGGCUGUUAAUAGUGGAUGUCUUCACCUUAUCAUUGCACUUAUUUCUCUGACAUUCCUGGUGUAAAUUGCAAAUUUGGAAAAUUGUCUAAAUAACUUGGGGAGACCAAUUUUUUUAAAAUUUAUGCUAAAUUUCAAAUUAUGUCCCCAAAUCAAUUCUACUGCAUCUUUUUUUCCAUCAAUAUACAUUGAUGAUACUGUCCAUUUAUGUUGACAUUGAAACCUUAAUGGCUGGUUCUACAAACUGACUUUAAAUUAUGCUGAGCUUAUUUAAGUGAAGCGUGUAGUUUGUUUGCCUAAUGCUUCCCGUUACGGCCUUGUUUUCAAUUGGCUUGUAACUUUCCCUAACUUUUAAUCUUUUCAGAACCGAAUGUUUUUGGAAAGUUUCAGCAAAAAUGGUUUAGCUGUUACUGAAUACAAGGUUAGGAGAAAAUGCAUUGUUUUGCCUGGAUUUAAAAAAAUAUCUUAAAAACCAUUUUGUUGAGAUGAUCUAGCACAUCCAUGCUUUGGAGCAGGGAUUUGAAAUUUAGCAGAGGAGGUCUCCCUGGUUUCAGGGAUAUGCCAUUUGCUUUCCCUGUCAAAAUCUGCCCAAAUUUAGUAAAAACCCUCCAAACAUCACACUUUGCACAUGCUCACUAGAAACUCGUUAGAGUUUGGCCGCUGACUUCUCUGAAGAUUGCAUCUGCGCUGAAUAUGCUCCAUCCCCUCACAGCUCCUGCAUUUGGUCAGGCUGCGCAAGCACCAUCACUGGAGAAGGACUGAGCAUGCUCUUCUCCAGGGGCUCUGUACACUUUCUCUGCAGCUUUUUCUCCCAGAGGCCAUGGGUCACUGUGGUGCUGGGUACAGGAACAGAGAGCAGUGAUCCUCCUGCUGAUGCCUAGGCAGUGAGGAGGAGGAGGAGGAAGGGACUUGAUUGGAAUUCUGAGGGGUGAGCCGCAAAGGGCGUUUGGGGGCAGCAUUGUGGAAGUCAACAUGGUUGCACAUGUUAGGAUUGUGUUUUGUUUCCUUUUUAAAAAAAAAUGAAGCUGUGAGAGGAAAAAUAGCAUGUGAUCAUGUAAUUUAAGAUUGUAUCAUAGCAUGUAUGCACAAGGAGGCUGAAUUAAGGUUGUGUAGGCAUUCUUUAUGCAGGCAUUUACUAACGUUUGAAGGCUUGACUUUGCAAAUAUAAUAUUCUUUUAA